GUCCGCACGCGCAACGAACCCUCGGCCCGGAGGAAUAUUGAAUAGCUAUUAUCAGGACGGGAAUGCGAGUCUGACCUGCUAACUUAAACUCAAGAUUGCUGAGUGGAAUCUGCAAGGGUCUGCAGACAACAGAAGUGUGUAGUGUGUGUCCAUUGAAGAGACCUUUUCCCCUCUGCUGAUAAUGAUGCACCAUUUCCACAUGAGGAGGCAUUGACUCCGGCGCAGCCCUGUCGCGCCCACAGCGCCCCCUCUCGGCCCGGACGGCCCACCAUGCCCCGGCCAUGAAGGGCUACCAGGUGAGUCGCAGUUUGUCACAACACUCCUCUGGGCCUUGCUACCGCAUGCCUGAGGACUGCGACACUGCACGGGACUAUAUGCACCACCCUGACCACUACCAGGGGCACAAUGACCACCCCUACUACCCGCCUGGUGGGCCCCCUGAACCAUUGGCCAUGGUCCCAUCUGGUGGAGGCACUUUCCCUCGGUCACACCCCAGUCAGCCACAGGCCUAUGACUCCACCUGUGAAGAGUGUUUAUCCUCUGCAGGGCAUGGGCAUGGUCAUGGGGCAAAGAUGCACCGUAUCCCACCAAACCUUCUGGAUCAGUUCGAGAAACAGUUGCCCUUCCAUCCAGAUGGCUUCCACACCCUGCAGUACCAACGCACAGCCAGUGGGGAACAACGCAGUGAGAGUCCGAGUCGCAUAAGGCAUCUGGUGAACUCUGUCCAGCGUCUCUUCGCCAAGUCACAUUCACUGGAGGCACCCUCUAAACGAGAGUUUAAUGGCACCCGUGGGGGAGAGUACCGGGACAGAGAUAGAGGACACCGUAGUGGUGGCGAGGAAAGCGGUGGACAUCAUUAUUCAGGAACGCACCAGUCUCGUUCAGCCCGUCGGAACAAAAGCCGAGAACGAAGCAAGAGUGGAGACUCCCGUCACGAGUCUCGAAGCUCCCGCCACCGGAGCAAAACAGCUGGAUGGUGGAGUUCCGAUGACAACCUGGACAGUGACAGCAGCUUUCUGGUGGGUGCAGGUAGAGGGGGACGUGGAUAUCCCACCGGACACGAGACCCUGGAUGCUGCCAUCCAGGAGCUUACCUUGAGGAAAUCUAAGGGACCACCUCCAGGAGAGUGCCUGGCUUGCACCAACAUAGCCAAGGCAGGAGAAAGCGGACACUCUCUGAAAAGGAGCACGUGGUCGGCCAUGACAGUCAGUCAGGCUAGAGAGGUCUAUCCAUCUUCCCGUGAAGGAGGAGGUGGAGGUGGAUAUGAGAAGGCAUUGGUUCCUCUAGAUCCCAAAAUGAAGGAACGAUCACUCCACUAUCUGCAGGUUCCCUCAGAUGACUGGUGCGGUGGUGGGCCAUCUGACAGUGGUGGGGAGAUCCCUUGCAGACGUAUGCGCAGUGGCAGCUACAUCAAGGCUAUGGGGGACGACGACAGUGCUGACUCAGACACCAGCCCGAAAGCCUCACCCAAAUCAGCCCUCAUUGCCCAGAGAGAAGCCUUCCGCCGCUCUGUCAGCAUGGACCAGCGCUCCUCCACCGCAUCUAAGUACUCAUGUAAACAGUGUACAGACAUCUACCCGAACAGUCGAACCACACCUAAAGGCCAUGCUCGCUCCCGUAGCGCCACACGCUCUCUGACCAGCGCUCAGUUGAGUGACUCUCUGAACCUGUUUGGAGAAAUGGAAUCACAGGCUGUCGAGGCACUGGACCUACCCGGAUGCUUCCGCACCCGCAGUCACAGCUACGUACGGGCUAUCCAAGCCGGCUGCUCCCAGGACGAUGACUGCCUGUCUGUCUUUUCCAUGUCGGGCCCACAGGGGUGCGUGAAGGGCGAAGCAGUGUUCCCAUACAGGAAAGGACCCCCUCCUCUUCCACCUCGCAUGUCCAAGCCAAUGAUCUCUGUGACUGCUCAGAGCAGCACUGAGUCCACUCAGGAUGCUUACUUCCAGAGUACAGGACAGCCCGCACUGGUACGGCCCAGACAGCAUAGCAACUCAGUGGACCUGACGGAGAGCAGUGGGGGCCGAAGCUCCAGAGGUGGGCAUUAUCUUGGCGGGGGCACUGCGCAUGUCAGACAGAGCAGCAACUCCGCGGAGAGUUUGAAUGGCAGGGCCCUUCAGAGCAUCGCCUACCCUGGUGGACCUGGUCCAAUGAAACCGAAACACAGCAGCUCAGCUGAUAACCUUCUGGAGGGGCCCAGGGGAUCUAGGGACCGAGCUGGAGGCAGCCUGGGAAAAUCAGCCUCUCUGCCCCAGAACAGUAUGUCCCUAGCUAAAGCUCUGACUGGAGGAGAGGAGUUCAAACAGGAAGGACGAGGGAGGAAGUGGAGACCCUCUAUUGCAGUGCAGGUGGACAGCUCAGAGACGUUGUCUGACUCAGACCCAGAAGGCAAAGCGCUGAGAGAGGUGCACUCCAUAGGGGUUCAGGUGGAGGAUGACAAGAGACGAGCCCGUUUUAAACGCUCCAACAGUGUGACAGCAAGUGUCCAGGCUGAUCUUGAGACGGAGGGUUUUGGUGGGCUGACAGUCCCCACACAAGACAAGGGCCUGCAGUUUGGCUGCUCAUUCCAGCGCCACUCGUCUGAACCAGAAUCAGCCGGUCAGUUUGCAGAGUAUCGCACAGUGCACACACAGGGCCAGUGGGCCUACCGUGAGGAUUACCAUAGUGGUUACACCAACGAGCCUGGCCCUCCAGAACUCAGGGCCCUGCACCGCUCCCACUCCCCUCUGCCCCUGGCUCCUGAGCGUGGAGUGGGAGGCUGGAGCGAGGGCCCGAGGAGCCUCCCUGAUUCGGGCCGAGCCUCGCCCUGCUUACGAGAUGGAGAGUUCUUCCUCCGGCUCCUGCAGACAGAAGUGGAGAGGAUGGAGGGAUGGUGCCAGAACAUGGAAAGAGAGGCAGAGUCGAAUGAACUGCCAGAAGAGAUGUUGGAGCUCAUCAGAGGAGCUGUCGGCAGUGCUCAGAUGCUCAUGUCACAAAGAGUCCAGCAGUUCUUCAGGAUGUGCCAACAGAGUGUGGAUCCUUCAUCAUACCCUCAGCCCAGCACUCAGGAUCUGGCCAGUUAUUGGGACCUCCUCCAGCUAGCCAUCGAGGACAUCAGGGUGAAGUUUCAGGACCUCCAGCGGCUGAAGGACUCGGGCUGGAGAUUACCUCCUGAGAAGAAGGAGGACAAGAAGGUUCCACCUCCAUUACCAAAGAAGCCAGUCGGUGGCGUGACGGGCAGCCUGCGUGCCGACAGUGCAACCGAGGCCGGAGGCAUGCUAGUGGUCUCGCGAGGACGCAGCGUUCCCGAACGGGAGAAAUCGCUGGACGUGAGUGACCGGCAAAAGCUGGACACACGGCGCAGGCUGCUCCAGACCAAACGCUCAGCCUCUUUCCGUCAGAAUUCUGCCACGGAGAGCGCUGACAGCAUCGAGAUCUACAUCACAGAGGCUCAGACGAGACUCUGAGUCGCUCGGACCA